CUUAAAGGAGGGGUGCUUCUCAAGAAAAGCUUUGUUCAUUCCAGCACGCGCAACUUCAUAUAAGAACGAGGCAUAUCUCUAGGGUUGAACUUCAACCCGAGACCCUGUUUCGCUUCUCCCAAGGUCGCUACCUACUUUUGGUUUUAGCACUCCUGCACCCCUUCUCCAACUCGCGGCCUAUUGAUUAAUAACAACCUACCUAAUCAAACACCCAUUGCCCGACGAGAGCUCACCGUCAGCUCCAAACCUCCAAGUUUCCGACCCCCAUGGGCGACUUGCUCUCGAAUUUCCAUGCCGCCGCCGGUAUAACCAACCAAGCCAUGGACAAGAUCACAACCAAGAUCGCGGCGCUGCCGCCCGAGACAAACUACUGCUCGCUCGAGUUCUUCCCGCCUAAGACGGCCAUGGGAUUCGCCAACCUGCGGGACCGACUAGACCGCAUGGCCCGGGCCCUGCGGCCCCUUUUCGUCAACGUCACCUGGGGUGCUGGCGGGUCAACUGCCCAGAAGUCGCUCGAACUCGCCGAGCUCUGCCAGAGGGAAUUGGCCCUGACAACAUGCCUCCACCUCACGUGCACCAACAUGUCCAAGCGGCUCGUCGACAAGGCCCUCGAGGAUGCGAAGGCACUGGGCAUACGGAAUAUAUUGGCGUUGAGGGGUGACCCACCCCGGGGAGACGAAUACCGGGAUGCGAACAACCCCGACCCCGCCGAAGAGGACGAGUUCGUAUGGGCUGUCGAUCUUGUCCGGUAUAUCAGGAGGAAUCACGGCGACUACUUCUGCAUCGGCGUGGCGGCGUAUCCGGAAGGGCAUGCCGAAGAGAGCCACCCGCUGGGCCAGAGCCUGGAGCAUGACUUGCCAUAUCUCGUGGAGAAGGUUGAGGCCGGUGCCGACUUCAUCAUGACACAGCUGUUCUUCGAUAUCAACGCCUACGCCGACUUCGAGAAGACGCUGAGGGAACACCCCAGCGGGGCAUUCAAGGACAUUGUCAUCAUCCCGGGACUCAUGCCCAUCCAGAGCUACCAGAUGAUCAAGCGGACGGCCAAGCUCAGCCACGCCAACAUCCCCGAUUCUCUGAUGGCUAAGCUAGACGCGGUCAAGGGGGACGACGAGAAGGUGAAGAUGGUGGGAGUGGACAUCCUGAGCGAGCUAGUCGAGCAAGUCAAGGAGGUGAAGAGCAGGACUUCUGGGCCCAUGGGUUUCCACUUCUACACGCUGAACCUCGAGAAGGCGGUCUCGUUCAUUGUGGAGAGGACAAACCUCAUCCCGCCCAGCACACCCGAGGAGGCCGAGGUCGCCGUGGAGUUUGACCCCGCGCUGGCAAUACCAGUGGUGCACGUCAACGGAUCGACGCCCGGCGUCUCCAUGAGGGACCUGUCGAGGCGACAGUCCUCGGCGGGAUCCGACCCACGCAACCGCAUCAUCGUGUCGGGCCGGCAGGCCUCCCACCCGGACUACGAGGCCACGGCGCUGGAGGCCAGCCUCCCCGCGGAACCGGUCAACACGCGGGCCAACACGCUCGCGAUAUCCGAGGGCGAGGGCGUGCUGGGCCGCGAGGCGACGUGGGACGACUUCCCCAACGGCCGGUGGGGCGACGCGCGGUCGCCCGCCUACGGGCAGAUUGACGGGUACGGCGUGAGCCUGCACGUGUCGGUGACGCAGGCGCUGCGGCUGUGGGGCACGCCCGGGACGCGGGCCGACGUCAGCGACCUCUUCAUCCGCCACCUCGAGGGCCGGCUGGCGGCGAUACCGUGGAGCGAGGAGGGCUUCAACGCCGAGACGGGCACCAUCCGCGGCCAGCUGGUCGCGCUCAACUCGCGCGGCUGGUGGACCCUGGCGUCACAGCCGGCCGUCAACGGCGUCCGCUCCAGCGACCCCACCUUCGGCUGGGGCCCGCCCAACGGCUUCGUCUUCCAGAAGGCCUUUGUCGAGUUCUUCCUGCCGUCGCGCGACUGGGCCGCCCUCGAGCGGAGGCUCUCGCGGCCCGACAUGGCCGACACCGUCUGCUUCUUCGCCGCCAACGCCGCCGGCGACUUUGUCAGCUCCGACGCCGCGGUCGCGGCGCGGGCGGCUGCGGCUGCGGCCUCUUCGGAAGACGGGGAGGGUGGCGAGGUGCAGGCGCAGGCGGCGGAGCCGAGCACCAACGCCGUCACUUGGGGGGUGUUCCCGGGCAAGGAGAUCGUGACGCCGACCAUCAUCGAGGAGGUCAGCUUCCGGGCGUGGAGCGAGGAGGCCUUCAGCAUCUGGUCCGAGUGGGCCAAGGUGUACGGCCGCGGAAGCCCGAGCCACGGCUUGCUCGAGGAGGUCAGGGCCGACUUGUGGCUUGUCAAUAUCAUUCACCAUGACUUUGUCGAGAGGGACGCGCUGUGGGAGCUGCUGAUGAAGGAGUGAGUGAGUGAGUGAGUGCGUGGAGACGUGCAGCUUUCGGUUUUGGAGGGGGUACGAGUGGUUUACCUGCUGCUUCUGGUGGAGAGGCCGUCCAUGUUCAGGUGUUGGGUUAGCCGUCGGAAAUAAUCACUGGGAUGGAUAAUUAUAUGUCAUUUAGUGGUGUGUUUUUGAGGUUCCGAGCAUCUUCAAGUGGAUGUAGCAUGGUAGGGAGGAAAUGCAAAAACGACAAUCUCAACGUUGUUCGUUUGUUGCGUCUUCCCAAAUCGCCGGUCGCAGGCCGUUUUUGUUGCCUUUCAACUGGCUACUACUAUAUGCAUUCAGUUACGAAGUGUUUGGGUCCGACAAGGGGAGAAAUCAAAGCAGACUUGAUUGACUGGUG